UUCCGAUGAAACACUUCAAGCAUAAAUUGGGAAGAGUGGAGACAAUGAUGAAAGUCACAGGCAAAAGAGCUGUAAACAACAUCAAGGAAGCCCAAACAAGACAAAAAAGGAACUAUGACCAACGACAUACGAAUCAGGAGAAUUUACCAGUAGGAACAAAGGUUUUAAAAAAAACCUUAAGACGCCAGGACCGCAAAGGUGGUAAGGGGGAGAAACUUUGGAUUGGGCCAUACGUCAUCAGAGGAGUAACAAAAAGCGGAUCAUACUUGCUGUCGAUAACAGAUGGAAUUAUUUUUAAAAGUGCCAUAAACGGUGCCAAUUUGAAAGUGUGGACGGAUGUGCCUGCAGCCAAGACACGUAAAACUGAAUAAAACAAUUAAUAAAUUGAACUGUUUUAAAUUGUGUAACUGCAUUUUUAUUUGCAUACAUGUAAGCUAUAGGACCUGUAUUUCGGUUUUCUAGGAAUGCAGGUCCGGCUAGGUCUUGAAUUCCUAGUAGGCGGACCUGCAUUCCCAAGGAACGUAAGUCUUAGGACUUCCAUACCUAGUCAUGCUAGACCUAGGACUUGCAUUCCUAGGA